AGCGAGAGCUAGUCCACAAUAAAAAGGGGUGAUGCAACGCUCUGUCGACCACUGUAACUUUCUUAACAGAACAGAAGAGCCUCACAACCUGGAGCGGACUGUAGGCCUUUCAACGUCCAACACAAUUUACUGACUAAAAACAUAUAAUCAGUUUUCGUCAUAAUGAUGCUUCAGCAUUCGGGAUUUAGCCUGUCCGAGAUCAGCGCAUCCGCCUUUGUACCCUGCCUGUCCCCGCCUGGAACACUCACGCUCGAGGACUUCACCAACUUCACUCCCUUGGUUAAGGAGGAGUUGCGCUACGCUAUCCAGAACAAGCGGCUGUCCAACGGACUGAGCACCGAUAUCAUGAGCGACUGUGCGAGCUCAAGUUCAGACAGAACGUCUGAAGCCCCAAGUGUCAAGAGAGAGACAACCCCAGAGGAAAGUGAAAGGAGGAAAAGAAGACGAGAAAGAAACAAAGUAGCUGCCGCUAAAUGUAGGAAUAAGAAGAAGGAGAAAACAGACUGUCUACAAAAGGAGUCUGAGAAGCUAGAGUCAGUGAAUGCUGAGCUGAAGGCCCAGAUUGAGGAGCUGAAGAACCAGAAGCAGCAGCUGGUAUACAUGCUGAACCUCCACCGGCCAACCUGCAUUGUACGGGCCCAGAACGGACAGACCCCCGAGGACGAGAGGAACCUGUUCAUCCAGCAGAUCAAGAAGGGCACCCUGCAGAUGGGACAACUGGACCACCUUCACACCUCGGUGCCCACCACCUGUGGCCAUCUUUGAAUCCAGCCACUCUGAGGGUAGUGGGCUAUCACUCGCUCAGACAGACUAUCACCAUACCCUAUCCACUGUUCCCCUGCACCAAGAGAAGGCUCUGUCGGGCCAAAGCGGAAAAGCUUCGGUGACUGCUGUUGGGUUGGGGAUGACAUGGACAGACAUCCUGUGCGCCACCUAGGGUGGGCUUGGGGUGGCCCUGUGGGCCAGGUGAACGUCAAAGCACUUAAACGUAGAAAUGCAUUCAAUGUGUUCAUCUCCUUCAGUGUUUUCAGUUUUCUUAUCGGACUUUGAACCAAAGCAUGAUGUCGCCGUGGUAAAGGCACAUCGUUUCACCGGUCAAUUGAGAUACUUGUUGAGAUACUUGUACCGUUUGUACAUAUUUAUUAAGCGAUGCUAACUUUGUGCAACAAUAGCAGACAUGUUAUUACUGUCGCGGGUUAUAACCAGAUCGACAGGCUCGCUUGCGUUGUUUGAAGUGUUUGUUGUUGUAUUUAUUGAGUAUAUCCGGUAUUAUCGGGAACUAUAGUAUAACUUUCUUUCCCCUUUACAUGCCUAACAAAAACUUCUGAAGCUGCUAGUACUAACUCAGGAUUAUACAGGUAUGGUUCAUAUCACAGGAACCUUCAUGUUAUAGGAAGGUGAAGGGAGUGUACAUUGUGUGGACUCACUUAUCUGCUGGUAAACAAUGGCGCUGUUAGCCCUGGGCCUCCCUCAUUGAAAGUCAGUCAUUACAUUGCGGGAAGCUGGUGUUUUUCGGAACGGGCCACGAUUUUGUUGUGAUCUAUAGUAUUUAAAGCUAUGCUCAUGUGUUUCCCAUUACAUCUUUUAACUUGGUAAUGUGUGUAAUUAAUAUAUACCAUUAUGUAAACCGACAUUUUGUCUUCAAAAAUACAUUUGUAUGUAUUCUUGAAAAUAGGGUUAUGAAAUAGGACCACUAGGUAUCAGUAGCUAGAUAUCCAAGAGCUGUUUUCACUUUGAAGAUUUUUAUGAUGAUUACAUGAAUAGCCUCAAUGUUCCGCUACUACAAUUGCCAAGUCCACUUGUUAAGCCCACUGCCAAACCAACCCCCUCCCUCUGCCCACAGUCCAUUGGUUGUGGUGUGAAAUCGUCACAGGACAUUGCACAAGGCAGAAACCUAGAUAAAACUCCACUGAACAUUUUCAAAAGUCUGCCUCAUAGCAUGGACAACACAUUUUCAUGGUCAAUGCGAGCUUUUGUCUGUAAUGUCUCUAAAUAGUAUGUUUGGUUUAAGUUAAGGAUUGUGGUUUCUUUGGGUGUGUUUGUGAGUAAAAGGUUGAGAGGAAAGCCGUGAGAGACGCAGGCGUCAAUGUGUUUGAGUUGUUAUUGUGUAGUUCAGUGUUUCGUGUUCAAACAGGCAUGCUAGUCAUUGGGUUACAACCGAAAUACUUGUCUUGUUUUUCUAUUCUACCAUCAAUUGUUUGUCUUGCUUAAACAUUAUUCACCAUAAAGUAUUAUAGAAAUGAAACAAUCUAUCAAGUCAGGUAAAAACACAAGUUGAAAUAAAAAACUAAAA